CAAAAGCUGCAGAGUCGCUCAAACAGUACUCAACACUUACCACUUGCCAAAGACGCUUGCUCGACCAAUAACUUUGACAAUAUGGCUCGGUACACUCGCGAAGAGAUCAAGAAAUGGAAGAAGGUCUUCCAUGACAUGAAUGCUGAUGGCGAUCGUUACAUCGAGCCCCAGGAAGUGAUUAAUGCUGCAAAGAAGGACGGCAUAGUCAUUAGUGACCAGGAUGCCGAGGAGUACAUUCAGCGCAUGGACACGAACAACAACGGGAAGGUUGAGUUCAGUGAGUUCAUCAAGGUCUUGGGUGUUCCUCAAUCGGAACUGAAAUAGAAUCAUCAUCAUCAUCCCAAAAGUUCGGAUUCAAAGAUAUGACACGGUUCCAUACGAGGGGUCACAGGCUAUGUACGCUUCCAUAGAUCAAGCUGAGCACCUUUUUGAAGUCGAAACGAUGUACUGAGAACCUAUGGAGUUGCUCUAAUGUUGUAU